AUGAUCAGACCACUGUUGUGGCCGGCUAGGCUCGGACAAUUGCUCUUGCUCUGGCUGCUGCUCCCCCCAGUGCCCUUGGUCAGAGUCGACGCUAGGCGGUCCCGGCCCUCGCUGUCCUGCCCGGUGGUGUGCGAACCCACGCGCUGCCCCCCGCUACCCGUCUGCGCCGCCGGGGCCGCGCCGGUGCUCGACCGAUGCCGCUGCUGCCGCGUCUGCGCCGCGGGGGAGGGCGAGGCCUGCGGCGGAGCGCUCAGCCGGCCCUGCGCACCUGGGCUGCAGUGCCGCGCGCCCUCGGGCUCCCGGCGCCUCCGGGGCUCGGGGCUCGGCACCUGCGGCUGCCCGGCGGAGGGGGAGCCCGUGUGCGGCAGCGACGGGCGCACCUAUCCCAGCCUGUGCGCGCUGCGCGCCGAGAACCGCGCCGCCCGCCGGCGGGGUGCGCUCGCGGCCGUGCCGGUGCGGAAGGGGGACUGCGCCGACCCAGGGACUGCAAGCGCAGGUCGUCUCAGGAGCAAGUACAACUUCAUCGCCGAGGUCGUGGAGAAGGUGGCGCCGUCUGUGGUUCACUUGCAGUUGUUCCGCAGGUCACUGCUCAGUGGGGAGGAUAUUCCUGCAUCUAGUGGCUCUGGUUUCAUAGUGUCCGAGGAUGGCCUCAUUGUUACCAAUGCCCACGUCAUCACCAAUCGGCAGCGGAUCCAGGUGGAGCUCCAGAAUGGUGACCAAUAUGAAGCCACUGUCAAGGACAUUGACCAUAAAUUGGAUCUUGCACUGAUAAAGAUUGAGCCAAAAUCUGACCUCCCUGUAUUGCUGCUGGGAAGGUCAUCUGAUCUGCGGGCUGGAGAGUUCGUAGUGGCCUUGGGCAGCCCAUUUUCUCUGCAGAACACAGUGACUGCAGGAAUUGUUAGCACUACUCAGCGAGGGGGCAGAGAGCUGGGGCUGAAGGAUUCUGACAUGGAUUAUAUCCAGACUGACGCCAUCAUUAAUCACGGGAAUUCUGGGGGGCCUCUGGUGAAUUUGGAUGGUGAGGUGAUUGGCAUAAAUACUCUGAAGGUGACUGCAGGUAUCUCCUUUGCAAUUCCUUCUGAUAGAAUUCAACAGUUCUUGGCAGAAUACCAUGAGCGCCAGUUGAAAGGAAAAGCUUUUUCACAAAAGAAAUACCUGGGUCUGCGAAUGCUGCCCCUCACUAUGAACCUUCUUCGAGAAAUAAAAAGGCAAGAUCCAGAUUUCCCUAACGUGCAUUCUGGGGUUUUCAUAUAUGAAGUAAUUCAAGGAACAGCUGCUGAAAGCUCUGGGUUGAGAGACCACGAUGUAAUUGUCAGCAUAAAUGGACAACCUGUUGCCACCACAACUGAUGUUAUUGAAGCUGUUAAGGACAAUGAUUUCCUUUCCAUCAAGGUUCGCCGAGGAAGUCAAACUUUGAUCAUGACAGUCACACCUGAAAUAAUCUAUUAAGUAUCUUGUUUUAAAGAGAAACUGCGUAACAAAACCAAAGCUGUAUUACCUGAUUUGCAUUGAAGAUGUGCUAAAGACGGCAAGGAUAGUUUUAGAAUCUCUUUCUUAUAAAGAAAAAUGAAUGCUUUCACACACACAUACACACACACACACAUUCAGGGAACAUUAAGUUGGGGAUGCUAUACUGCUGCUAAGAAGCCUUACUAAAGUAAGUAGGAGGACAUGGUGCCAGGAAGUCUGGGGAGUUGACAAAAUUUUAUUUAAAGAUAAGAAAGAAUGGAAAAAGCAGGCACAGUUACUAAUUUAACCCUGACAAGAGCCCACUUUAGUAUUUUAAAAUUUCUCUAUGGCCACACAUAGAUACAACACAAACACACAGAGAUAGAAGUAGAUCUAUCCACCAAAUAACAAGAAACUACCUGAGUCCAGAGUGCAAAGGAAAUCAAAUUUUCAAUAAUACUCCUUUACCCAAUCAGCUUUUCAGGUUGUACCACACUGCCCAGAGUUUGUGGAUAUAGAGGGACUGAUAUCAUUUAGCUUUCAAAUUGAAACUGACAACUGCAGAUUGCCAGAGGGGGUAGUAAAGAUUCUCAAGUUAUCACUGGAGUGUAAACAACUUUGAUUUCCAAUAGCUGUUCUGUGAGGAGGGCUUCCUCUAUAACUAUACAACAAAUAAUUUAAUAAUUUAGACAUUUACCUUUUUUACCUAAGGUCCUCCUUUUGACAUUAGUGAUUUAAAGUCUGAAAGCUGCCGAAGUUAUUUUUUUAAGAAAAUAACUUUUGAUGGGGAUUGUGCCUACCCUUAAGGACAUUAAAAACAAAACAAAACAGUGUGAAAUGAGGUAGGAUUUGUGACUUAAAAUAGUAUCUUAUGGGUAAGGUUUUAAUUUUAGUUUCUGUUUUCCAGGUUUGUCUUAGAAGUUAAGUUUUGAAAAUAAUAUAGCAUCUUUGAACCUCUAAUUCUACGCAAAAUUUUAUGAAUGUGUAUUACUCUGGGGAGAGGGUAUAGUUUCUUCAUGAUCCACAAUUAAAUAAGAAUCUACCAAUUAUUACUGUUACAAACAAAGUAAAGGUCAGUGUGGUACAGAAUAUUCAAGAGAACAGAAUGUUUUAAUUUUUACAUAGUUGCCACCAUUUUUAUAGUAAGAACAGUGAUCACACUGAUCAGGGACAAGAAAGCUUAAAACUCUUAGGAAAGUUUCUUCAAAAUGAUAAAGCAUAUCCAGAGGUUUUUAAUUGUGAUUCUUGAUCUUUAAGUCAAUUAUGAAACUGAGCAGUUAUAUCUUGAUGGUUUCCAGGAUUUAUGUUACCUUGAAUAGUAGGCUUUUAGACUUGGCUAUAAUAGUCCCCUUUUACUUUAUAUUUACCAGUUCUUUUCAACCUAGAUUACAAAUUAUGGGAACUAAGUUUUGAAAACCACUUAUAAUUUGGAAUGUUUCCUUUUAUUGCCAGUGAUUUGGGAAUGCAAAAGCUUGGUUGCACCUCUUUCCCUAUGAUUAAGUGAUAUAGCCUACAGUGAGAGUUUUUGGCACCAUGCUUAUUUUGACAGGAUGUGUUCAGUUUCUCUUUGCCCCUGUAAAUCACAUCCUAACUUUACCCAGCAGUCAGCAAUAGUAUCCUUUAGUAAGAGUGUUUUUCUUUCCAAAGGCAUGAGACUUCUCAUUACCUAAAUGUUAAGUUUUAUAGUUACUUAUAUGAAAACUUUUUAUCAGCCUAUAGCAUGGACUCUUUAAAUGAUAAAUACUCAUUUUUAGGUAGGAAAAUUUUGCCAGGAGGAGAGUUAAACUUAGACAUAUCUGAGUUGUUGGCUUCCAAAGUUGGCAUCAAGAAAUUGUUUCACUGUUUUUUACUAGCUCUGGAGCAUAGUGAGGGAGAAAGAGUAGGGUUUAUUAGUAGGGUGGUUUGUUUUGAAUACCUAAAUUUUCACAAAACAAUUAUAAUUUUGAGUUCCACUCUACCUAUUGAAAAAUCCAAACAGGAUUCAAGACUGGCAGAAUGCAUUCUGUAAUUUAAAUUCAGAAGUUAGAAUUUCAGUAUAUAUUAAAAUCCAUGGUCAUUUCCAUUUCUGCGGAGGAUUUUCAUUGGUUCAAUUUCAGAUAGCCUCUGCAUGAAGACUCAGGGUCACAAGUAAGGCUAAAAAUAUUCACUUUCAAUGAAAAAAUUCACUUUGCUCAUUCUGUUACAUCCACUUGUUCCAAAGGACUGAGGAUGCUGCAAUAUACUGAAAUAAAGAGUAUGGAAGUCCUCUUUAGCUGUUAAGUUAGUGACUAUAUUGUGUAUACAAGGAAAGGUAUAAACCUGAUUCCCACACUGUUUCCUUGUCAUUUCUAGUGUGCAAGGUAAAAUCUGGGCUGAAAAUCCCAAAGUCACAAGAAACUUUCCUAACCAAGCCCAUUCUCUCCAAAGAGGGAAAGACCUGAUUAGAUCUGAUAUCAAGGAACAGUUCUGAGCAUGUAAAGAUGAAUUCAGAAGACUUAUCUCUCUGGGUUGUAAUAGCAACUCUUUUUAGUAAACAGUGCACCAAUUGCUGCCAUCACUUGGCAUUAGCCCUCCAGUAAUUAGCAAAAUAAGGUCAACAAACCACCAAAUCCCAAGUCCUCCAAGCGUCAACAGUUUCCCUACUGCUGUGCCAGUGUGUCCCAGACAGAAACGAUCCACUCCAAAACAUCCCAGGAAGAAAGAGUAGAGUAAAGUGGUUAUGAAGUAGUGUCCGGUAUACCUAGACAAAAGGAAUUAAAAGGAAGAUGCUUACGCAUGAAAAUUAAACACUUCAUGAUUAAUGAAUUUAACCUAAGUGAAAAGAUGGUAGUAGCCCCGAUAUGCCUCUUGUUCCCUUAUCCCUCCACAAAAAAAAAAUCUUUAGUUGUUUGAGGGUCUCAAAAGAGUGCUUGCUGAAAUACAGAGGACCUAUAAGAAUAUUCCUUUUAUUUCCAGUGUCUUGUUACUCUGAAAGUUUUCCCAAACAAAUGUUGAGCUGGAAUGGGCAAUGAAUUAACAAACACUUUUGCACAAUAGGCGUUUGGUGGUAAUGGAGUUGACUCUUCACCUUCCCCCACUCCAGGCUCCUUUCCUGAGAAUGUAGUUCUUAUGUACUUCUUUAACUAAAUGUCUUUCCUUAAAUGUACACUGAUCUCUGUGGCAACUGAAAAUGGGAACUUCUCUCAUAUACUCUGAUGACAACUGCAGUUGUUCUAAUGUCACCAGACUUUACAUUAGUAAAUGGUGUAUCAGUAAAUUCUGUGCUAUCUGGGGCCUCCCUGGUGGCACAAGGGGUUAAGCACAGCACUAUGAAGCUGUCCACAACCUCUGCAGCAUGGGUUCGAUCCCUGGCCGGCCAGGGAGCUACCCACAUGGCGCAGCAGACCUCUCCUAACUUACCCGCUGCUCCCCUCAGCAGUGUAUUUCAGUUAGUCUGCCUGUUCUGUUCCCUACUCUGUCUCUGGUGAAUCCUCUCAGCCCCUGUAUCUCUGGCCUGUAUCCCAGUUCUUGUGUGCAUAAUAAAUAAAUCUUUAAAAAAAAAUUCUGUGCUCUCUGACAGAAUUUAUAGCAAUGGUCCUAAUUCUAACUUUAAGAUAAACUGAUUUUCAAGGAGAGAGACCACACUUUUCAUAAUAAAAUCUUUAUUACAGAAAUAACAGGAGUAUUUUCAUAGCAAUUUUAGAGCUAGAUCAUCUGGUCUAAGUCCUUCAUUUUACAGUUGAGGAAAUAGAGAUUCUGGGUACCCAAAGGCACUUAGAUUAUUGGUAAAGAGACAUUUAGAAUUUAUGGCCUCUGGUCUCAAGUCCAUUGUCCUCUACUAAAACUACAAUGCCCCUGUACAUGGAUCAGGCACAGUAGAAAUACCGCCUCCUUCACACUUAAGGUAAAAGAAGUCAUAUCAAGAUAUGACGAAGAAAAUAGGUCUACCUCCCGCCAAGGACCAGUUAUCCAUCCAGAAUGACACUUACUUUAUACAAGGUUUAUUCUCACGUAAAAAGGUCCUCGGACUGGCACAUUCAAUUCCAUCCAGGGCCCGGCACUGAACUGAAGUGUGUUCUACGUCACUGUAGGCCUGACCACCGAACUGCGGAACAACAACCAAAAUGGAACAAAUAAACCAAAAACCCACCAAAGCAAGUAACACAAAAUAUAUCUUUAUAUUAACUAAUUCAGGAUAAUAAUUAUUCUAACAAAGUUGGGUAAACAUGUAAGGCAUAUUUCAAGUGUUUUUAAUCAGUCUAUC